AUGAUGAUGACCAUGGCGACGACGCAGUCGCUUCAAGCGAAACAGCGAGAAAACCUAUUGCGCAUGUUGGACUUUAACUCGGAGAGCACCGGUGGCUUUGCGGAUGCUGCCCAGGAUUCUAUCGAUCGCUGGGGUGAUCAGUGGAAGGUUCUAAUCUACGACAAAUUUUGUCGCGACAUUAUCUCACCCAUUCUUAAACUGCAUGAGCUCCGCAAGAAGGGCGUUACACUUUAUAUGCUGUUAAACACUGAGCGUGAUGCAAUUCCUGAUGUCCCUGCUAUUUAUUUUGUGGAACCCACACGCGAGAACAUGAAGCGUAUUGUCUUGGACUGCUCAAAGGAACUAUACAGCUCAGUACACUUAAAUUUUGCCUACCCAUUGAGUCGUGAGUUACUGGAGUAUUUGGCUCGAGCUUCAGUGGAAGCUGGGUGUACAAGCAUGAUUGCCAAAGUAUAUGAUCAGUAUUCGAACUUCGUGUCGCUAGAACCAAGUCUCUUCUCUUUGAAUCUCCCUAACAGCUAUCGAGCUUACAACGACCCAAAUGUGGCGGAUGUGCAGAUUGAGCAGUCAAUGAGUGCGAUUGUCAAAGGGCUGUUUUCCGUUCUUGCUACUGCUGGAAAAGUGCCGGUCAUUCGCUGUCCCAAUACGGAUGGACCAUCGAGGAUGGUGGCAGAGCAGCUAAGCUCUACCAUUCGCGAGCAUCUGAAUGUGAGAAAUGGCGUUUUUAUAGAUAACCCAGCUAGUUUUCAGCGCCCGGUGCUGAUCAUCAUGGAUCGAAAUGAGGAUAUCGCAUCAAGUCUUCAUCACCCGUCGACGUACCAAGCGCUAGUUGACGACAUUUUGUCGAUUCAGAUGAAUCGUGUAAAGGUGUUGGUAAAGACCUCUGGUGGGGUUGAUGACGGUGAUGAUGGUCGACUUGUGGAACGCACGUACGACUUAGACGUGACGAGUGACAAAUUUUUUGAUACACAUGCUGGUAGUCUGUUUCCAGACGCAAUUGACGCAAAUGAGGAAGAAAUGAAGCUGGUAACACGGAAAGAAGAAAUGAUUCGAGCACAGACAGGAGCAAGUGAUGCAUUAAUGAAUGGCACGAAGGAUCUUGUGGCUGCUGUUGACACUUUGCCGGCUCUCGUAGAAAAGAAAAAAAUGUUGGAAGUUCACACAAACAUCUUUCAUGCAGCAUUCGAGGGCGUGACAAAGCGCCACAUUCCAUCCUACUCUAUGCUGGAGCAAAAGCUUAUUGAUGGUUUGCAUGUAGACAGGGCCGAGGUGCUGCAGCUGCUGUCAAGCACAGAAAUGGGCACUUUGGCGGAUAAAAUGCGGCUGUUGAUGAUUUACUUCCUGUCGAGUGGCGCUAGUGGUGCAGAAAUGGCUGAUUUUGAGAAUGCUUACCAGCAAUGUGCUGCAGCAUCAGAGCAGCCGGAGACGUAUAUGGAGGCGUGGAAUUUUCUUCGCAAGCAUUCGGCUUUCCAACGACGUGCCAGCGUAGGAGCUAGCCUGCAAUCCGAAGGCGGCGCUAGACCUGAUGGUGGUGUCAACAAUAUGAGCAAAUUUAAGGGCCUUGCCCAAGGCUUUUUAGCUCAAGCCGCUGCGAGCUUUAAGAACUUUUUGCCCGAGAGCAAAAAGCUGCACGUCACUCGAGUCACGGACGCUGUUUGUGAAAUGAAGCCAAACACAGAGGAUGAUAUUUUCUUGUAUUUGGACCCGAAGAUUAAGGCUAAUGGUGAUGUACCUCGACAGCGUUCUCCUUUCCGUGAGGCAAUUGUCUUUAUGAUUGGCGGCGGCAACUACAACGAAUAUCAUAACCUGUUGGCGUACUCUAAGGGAUUGCAAUCACCGCGAUCGAUUUGGUAUGGCUGUACGGAACUGUUGAGCCCUGAGGCGUUCUUGCACCAGCUUGGUUCCAUCGGUACAUAA